AUGGCAGAGGAGCGGAGGGAGUCGCUGGGGGUGGAGAUGAAGGAGGUGAAGGUGGGGGUAGAGAUGAACGAGAGUGAAGGUGGAGGUGACGAUGGACAACGUGGUGGAACUGUGGUACCAUCAAAACCAUAUCAGGAUGUUGUUCUAUCUUCUGACGGACAGUUUGCGCUUUCCGGCUCCUGGGACGGAGAGCUCCGCCUCUGGGACCUUGCAGCCGGCACCUCCGCGCGCCGUUUUGUUGGACACACCAAGGACGUCCUCUCUUUGGCGUUCUCCAUUGACAAACGUCAGAUCGUGUCGGCCUCGCGUGACCGCACAAUCAAACUGUGGAAUACCCUUGGUGAAUGCAAGUACACCAUUCAAGACAGUGAUGCUCAUUCUGAUUGGGUUAGCUGUGUGCGUUUCAGCCCUAGCACUCUUCAGCCGACUAUUGUGUCUGCAUCUUGGGACCGCACUGUUAAGGUGUGGAACCUCACGAACUGCAAGCUGAGAAAUACCCUUGCUGGACACAGUGGGUAUGUGAACACUGUUGCUGUUUCUCCCGAUGGUUCUCUGUGUGCCAGUGGUGGAAAAAAUGGAGUUAUUUUGCUGUGGGAUUUGGAUGAGGGUAAGCGUCUCUACUCUCUCGAUGCUGUGGGAUUUCGCUGCCGUUUCUGCUGGGGCUGCUCUGGGGAGCGGCGGGAGCCGACUAUUGUGUCUGCAUCUUGGGACCGCACUGUUAAGGUGUGGAACCUCACGAACUGCAAGCUGAGAAAUACCCUUGCUGGACACAGUGGGUAUGUGAACACUGUUGCUGUUUCUCCCGAUGGUUCUCUGUGUGCCAGUGGUGGAAAACAUGGAGUUAUUUUGCUGUGGGAUUUGGAUGAGGGUAAGCGUCUCUACUCUCUCGAUGCUGUGGGAUUUCGCUGCCGUUUCUGCUGGGGCUGCUCUGGGGAGCGGCGGGAGGCGGAGAAAGGGGGGUGGGAUGGUAUUGGGGGAAGAAUUUGA